AUGGAGCAUCUGCAGACAAACAACGUUCUGGACAACAGACAACACACCAUUCGUCCCGGUUUUGGCACAAGAACAUAUUUUGCCUCCCUCAACGACAUUCUUGCCAAAGCCCUUCACAGCGAUGAACAUGUCGAAAUGGCAUCCCUGGACCUGGACAAAGCUUAUUAUCGAGCCCGAACCCCGGACAGCUUAAGGCAACUCCUCGCCUGGGACAUCUCCGGAAACCUUGCGGAAUUCAUCCGCAACUUGCUUACGAACCGAACUUUUCAAGUUAUAAUCGGAAACCACCGAUCAAAAACUACCAACGAAGAGACCGGCGUACCCCAAGGCUCGGUUAUCGCUGUAGCCUUAGUUCUGGUCGAAAUGAAUGGUGUUUUGGAAGUGAUGUCCUCGAGAGACGUGGGGACGUUGCUGUGGAUUAGUUGCAAAACGUGGUCCUCGAAUGCCAGUCAGCUUCCGGGUAGAUCCACUUAG